AUGCCGUCGUCCUCCGACCGCAUCCGUGCGCUCAUUGCGGAGGGCAACCGCCGCCUGGCCCGGACGCAGCCUGGUGCACGCUCGGGCUCGCGGUCAUCGCAGUCGCUCACACCCAACACGGUCGACGACCCGGAGCUGGGGCGCAACGAGCAGUAUGCCGCCAUGGUCCGGGACCUGCGCCGGCAGGGUGCACUCGCCCGCCGCAACCAGCUCUCCGACUGGGCCUUUGCCUUUUACGGCCACCUGCAGUCGCUGCUGACCACCCUCAAGGCGUCAAAGCGGUCCCGCGCCCUCGACGCAGAUGUCACCGCCGUCUACACCUGGUACGACGCCAACCGCGGCGCCGAGGCCUCGUCGCUGCAGAUUGGCGGCCUCGGCCUCGGCCUGUCCUCGCCCUCGCCUCCGCCGUCCUCAACCACACACAACCUCUCACUACCUUCGGCAGCUUCGCCAAGCAGCUCGCCUGCCACAGGCACUCCAUUGCAGCUUCGCGAGCCAUCGUCGCCCGCCCUGCCGGCGCGCGGCGUCACUACCGCCACCACCCCUGCCGAGGGCUUUGGCAACCUUGUGCCGUCGCCGCUGCACGAGACCAUUGUCCGCGGCUCGUCUACCUGGGCCCCCACACCCGAGGCGCAGCACGCCGCCCCGUUCACGGCCGCCGCUGGGUCGCCGGCCGCCGCCACCACGCCAGCCGCCACGACAUCGUCGGGUGCCGCUGCCGGCCACUCCUCACACUCGUCACACUCGUCACACCCCGCUGAGAGCCAUGUUCUCGGUAAGCCGGCGCUCACCAUCCCAGACUCCAUUGUUCGCCCUAAUAUGGCCCGGUCAGCAAUCGGCGACCAGCGGACAGCCUUUGACUCUUCGUUUACGGUCGAGUAUGCUGCCCAGGACGAGGCCGAGGCUGUGGACCAUGCUGCGUCAACGUCGAUGGUCCGCCGCCGGCACGACACUACCCCGUCGGCCCGCAUCAAACCGGCUCCGCUUGUCGAUGCCACCUACAUCGAGUACGACCGCAGAUUGCACGAGCUCAUCAAGGCCACCGGCGGCGUCUCACUCGGCAUGGCUUCACCGCGCGACUCUCAUCAUCCACUUCCGCCGACCGUGCCCGAGGCAUUGGCCCACGCCUCCGCCACGGCUCGCCCCAGCUUGACCGCCCGCCGCGACCGUAAGUCGGUCGCUGCCCUCCGCCUCCGCGCCCGCCCGUGGUCAGCGUCGGCCUCCCGGGACACCGCCGCUACCGUUGUCGCCUCGACUCAAUCCGAGUAUCAGGCUGCGUGGGAAGCACCACAGGCCGAGUCGGCCCACGACAUGCUCAAGCACUACAAGCAGCGCAACCUGAUGUCGUCCUACCUCCAGCGCGAAGCCAUUCUCAACCCCAAGCCGCCUAGCCCAUCGCCGCCUCAGCCGUCAAUGCGCGACGACCCAGGCCUGCUUCCGGCCACCUCGCUGCUUGUUGCCCAGAAACUGGGCUCGCUCCCGCCCGGCGCCUACGUCGCUCCUUCGCCGCAUCUCCUUGUCACUCUCGAGAAGCAGCGACAAGCCCGGACUACCGCUACAGGCACGGCCUCUAACGCGGCCGCUCCCGCUCCCACCGCUACCUCUGCCCUGCGCCAUCGGCCAGGCACAGCCUCGCGCUCUAUUCGGUCGGACGCUUCUGCUGCUACCGGUCAGCAGCGCGCGCGCCCGACCACUGCGCCGCUGCGCCCGUCUGUCUUCGACCCACCUGCCGACGAAGAGGACGGUGACGAGGCCUGGCUCCGCCGCAAGCUUCUCGACGCCGAGCAGGGCAAGUACCUCAACGACUUGGCCCAGCGUGCCAAAGGCGCUGCCCGCGCCCGCGCCCGUGCCGAGGAAGAGUCGAUGCGACGCAUCGAGUCCCACACCUACGCCUCGCAGACAGGCGGCGCCACCCACUCGCUGUGGAAACCAGCUGAUCCGGCGCUGCUUGACUACGACAUGGCGCCGCUCAAAGAGCGCCGCCGAUUCGGGUCACGGAGCCCCGAGGCAUCGUUCGAGUCACACCCCACCAACUCACCCGGCAGCGCAACAUCGCCAGCCAGGCUUGAUGACGACAACGACGACUCGGACGACGACAAGUCAACUCUCUUCGACGACUCGUCCAACUCGAUCGAGUCCGAUAAGCGCGCUACCGAUGCCGCCGCCGCCAAGCAUGUCACCAUCAUUUCCAAUCUCGAGGAUCUCGCUUCGUCGGAAUCUUCAGAUGACGACGAGCUCCGUGGCGAAGGCGCCGCCGCCUGGAACGCCGCCCAGGCUGCCCAGGCAGCGAGCGAUGCUCAGCUUCCGAUGGUGGUGGCGACAGGCCCGGUUGUCACCCGCACGCCCGAUCGUGACCCCGAAGCCCGCAAGCAUGCCGUCCUCAAGGCCAUCCGUGACAACCGCGUCCUACUCUCUGCCUACGAGCAUGGCGCGGCUGCACGCGGCGCACAAGGCGUGGCCCAAGAUGCUCCCGACAUUCUCGGCGGAGACUCGCGACCAAGCACCGCCCAUCAACGACCCGAGACAGGCUCAGAUCGUUGGCGCAAGUCCUCGACCGCAAGCUCGGACGCAUCCGCGGUUCCGCCGGCGUGGUCUGCCCCGCCGCAGUUUACGCUUCCACGACCGGCAACGCUCUCGCACGAUCCCCCCCCACCGCCGGUCCCGCCGGCCAUCGCCGACUACAUCCAGGAGCUGCGUGAAGAGCGCGAGGCCAAGCGUGCUGCAAGGCUCGCCCGCCGCAAGGCCAAGGCCGCCGCCCGCAAGGGCGGCCCCGCUGCAGCCGCCCAGCUCGCCGCCGAGCUGGCCAAGGCAAACCGCAAGCGCCAGUCGUCGGCAGGGCGCAACCGCAAGCCCAAAAGCCGGCGGGCCCGCCAGCCCGAGCUGGAGCCUGCCCCAUCGCUGGAGCGCAUGCGCCAGCACGAGGAGGUCUACCGCAUCCAGCAGACUUUUGCCAUCCACGACGUCCAUGUCGAGCCGGCGGUGCUAGAAGCUGGCCUUCUCGUCCCACAAGACCGUGACUAUGUUCACUGCGUCAAGUACCUGCCGGCUCCGGGCUCAACAGCUCGGCUGCUUGCCGACCCCGUCAAGGCGCUGGCUGAUCAGCGCAAACGUCGCUCCAAAAUGUCCCGUGCACAGCGCCGCCGCGCUGCCAAGGCUGCUCCGCUCCCACGGUAUCCGAUGUCGGUAGCUGCUCGUGCCGAAGCCGCCCGUACCGCCGCCCUCGCCGCUGCCGAGGCCGAAAUGGCCGAGGCCGCCGCCCUCGCCGCCGCUCCGGCUGACCUGGCUGCCGCUGGCCCCGCACCACCGACCAAGGGCCGCCGCCGCGGAUCGCGCAAGCCGUCGUCGGUCAACACCCGCCGCCGCAAGAUCCGCACCUCCUUAUCGUCGCCUGCUCGUCCGUCGUCGCGUCCAGCUGGCUCGGUCACCGACAUGGAUGCCAACGUUGCUGCUGCUGCUGCUGCCACCCGCGCCGCCGCUGCCGCUGCCUCGCCCAGCCGUCGCCGUCGCAAGCGCGGCACCAAGAACUCAUCACCGCGCAAGCGCAGGAUCCGAGGCGUUAGCCGGCCCACCACUGCGUCGAGCUCCGCCAACGAGAACCGCCAUGGUGCCGCCAACCGCGCCGCAGCUUCCCCACCGCCGCUCAUCAAUGUUACGGCCGAGUAG